CUCCGGGCAACAGUCAGAGGCCGUGUUGUCACGCGAGGCUUUGUGUUGUGCCCUUCUGUGGAGCUCUUAGUCCUAUACGUUACCGGGCGAAAACCGAAAGUGAAGCGUUGGUCGAUUUUUUCACACACUUAUUACGCGGCUUUCACAGGAACAGUUCAGGAUGGCGAACAUGGUCGGAGACUGGAAACUUGUGCCGGAGUUGACCACUGGCCAUGAUGAGUUUGCUAAAGCAAUGGGAAUGUCAGAUGCAGAACGCGAGGCAACUCGCAACCUCGUGUACACCUUCCAUCUGUCACGUGACGGUGAGGAAUGGUACAUGAAGGUGGUCACUGAAACUGGCGUCGUGUUUGGUGACAUCAAGUUCAAGAUGGACGUGCCCUUCUCCUAUCUCAGUCCCGACAAGACCACCAAACUGACGAACCUCAUCACUCUACAAAACGAGCACUUUCUCGAGAAGAUAACUUCAGAGAAGAACGGGGUCGUCAUGCACUAGGACGAGGACACCUACAGAGAUGGGGACUUCGUUAUUAUCGCUCCAGACCAAGGAUGGUGCAACGGAGAUACAGAAACUGAAGAAAGUCUAAAUUUAGUUCAGUCUUGGGCCCGCUUCUUAAGUGACUUACGACAUCUUCACAUGCGUCACACAUUUCAGUUCUAUUAUGCCUGUAGCGACGUAGACACGGCAUAUAUCAUUUCUUGUGUAGCUGGUUGAAGGACCUUGAGCAUUCCUUGAGUCAGUCCUACAGUCAGUCCUACAGUCAGUCCUACAGACACAAAUGCUUGGCUGGAUAGUUUGCCAUGACAUGAGCCCCAACACCUUCCCCAUCUUUGAUUCUGCUACUGAUGCUUAUAUAACUGUCCUUUACUACUA